ACAUGCGGUAUAUAUUGUGCCCGUGCGGUCUGGAAAGUUCUUUCCGUUCAUCACUGUCGCGUUGUUAACUUGACUCGAUUAAUUCACGCAACUGUGUUAUGGAUUGUUUGUUCAAUUACACUAUGGAGGACACGAAACCUAUAUUUACAACAGCUAGCGACACUAAGGCUACAUCUACGACGGAAAGUUUUACGCCCAUCGAUAACCGAGUGCCAAAUGGACAAGAGAGCGUGUUCUCUCCUUUGGCCAAUUCCUUUCAAAGCCGAGGAGGGAAUGAGCUGCUUAAUUUAUUGUCACAGCAAGAACCUAGGGCGGCAGAUAUUGCACCUACGGCCGCGGAUGUGGAGGACGCAUUGAUGAAUUUUCGCCUCAAUGGUUCCGACAUGUUGUUUGACGACAUUGACCAGAAUUCCCAAUACUUCAUGGGAAGCAGAGCGGAGUCAGUGGCGUCUGCGCAGAACAUCCCCUGGACUGAGGGGUCCAGUGUGGCUGGCAACAGAAACGGAGAGAUGAUUGACACUUUUGACUUCUUGAUCAAAAGUCUCUCGUCAGCCAACAACUACGUGUCGAUGCUGACGCGCGAGCAGCUGUCCCUGCUGCGCUGCAUCCGCCCCAGUCUGCUGUACGAGUUCCUGCAGGAGGUCGCCAAGGUGCGCAGCGACAAACGCAUGAGGCGCGCCUUGCCUAAUGAAUGUGCCUUCUGCAAGAACAACGGCGAGAACGAGGAGUGCUACUCUGCGCACGUGCUGAAGGACUGGCGCGGGCGCGUGCGCUGCCCCGUGCUGCGCGCGUUCCGCUGUCCGCGCUGCGGCGCCACCGGCGAUCACGCGCACACCAUCAAGUAUUGCCCCGAGAACGUUGACGGAGGGUCGGAGCGGUCGAGCGUGUCGUCGCGCCGCCGCGUGCCGCCGUCGCUGCUGCUGCCGCCGCCCGGGCUGCCGCGCGCCAUGCCCGCCGCCCCCGCGCCCUCCCCCACACCCACCGCCCCCCUCUCGCAGGCCGCCAUCUGGUCCAGCUUCGGAAUGAACUAGACUUCUAUACCAUACCUCGGACUGACUCAACGAAACCAUAUUAUAUGUUUAUGCCUGGAAUAGUUAUUCUUUGCUUAUCUCGUUCUUUCAAUGUCAUAUAUUGAAAAGAGAGAUUGAGACAAAACAAAAAAUAACAUUCGCAUUACUGUUUCGAUUUUAAAUUCGAGUUCAAUUAUCUUAAUAAUUCACUAUCUGCCACCAAACAUCUAGUGAUAUCGAUCUACUAGAUGGUGGGAGCGAUGUUGUGACUGUUAGGAUAGUGUAUCGUCGUGCCUAAUAACAAUGGAAGUCGCCAAAACGACGUCUAGCUGUCAUCAUUUGAAGAUUCAAAUAUGUGUUGUGAUCAAGGAUUUAGUAAGUACUUCGUUACGGAGCACCUACAUACUAAUUCCAUGGUUGUGAUAUCUCACUUCAUCGAAUAUUGUUUCUAUACAUUGUUUCAAUGGUGACAGUAAAUAAUGUUUAACUGGAUAACGAUUUUGUACUUUAUGUACCUUUUAAAUAAAUUUAUAAAUUUCAAUUUAUAUAGAUUUUCAGAUCAAUUCAUAUCAUCUUUAUAUUGAAAGGUAUUUUUCGUUACAAUAGAUUUGUAAAGGUUUUUUUUAUUGUGUUAGAUUGUAUAUUUUCUGAUUCACUUUCCGCACUACGUUUGCCUUACUAUUUGUAACAUUAGAAAGUUAAACCAUUGGUGCGGUAAGGUGUUACUCGUCAAAUAAAAGUAUGCAGGACAUACAAUAUUUGAUAUCAAUAAGAAAACUUGAAUCAGAAAAUAUAAUCAAACAUGUUAUCUUGAACUAUAAAUUUUUCAUUGGUUUUUAAAGUGUCAUCCGUUAAUUCGACAAAAUCUAUAAAAGAAAUUUUAAUCUAUUAAAUGCUGAUAUCAUAGUUUUGUUAUAAACAAUACAAUCAAUCAUUACAAUUCUAAAUUUUAAUGAAUUCAUUGUCAAUGCUGAUGUUUCAAUUAUUUGAAUUUGCAUGCACAUCAAUUCACCAUCUUUGGCAAAAUCAAUAAAUAUCAAUACAAUUUAUGAAAUACUGUUUUACCAAUGAAAAAUUAUUCUCUUCUUUUUGGUGUUGGUUUACUGUAUACUGUUAUUUUUAAUAAAUGUUUGGAGCAUC